GGAAAUUUGCUGAAGGCAAAUGUACAGAAUCAGGGUGAAAUGUACUAGACUCACUUCCAUGAACAGUCUUAACAACAUCUCAACAGCAAGAGUGACAGCAAUUUGUCAUCAUGACUGAAACAUAUGCAGACAGCAUGAAAACAACAACAUUCGAUUACGAAGAAACAGACGACAUAUGCUUGACUGAAGAUUCACACCUGUAUACAGAUCUCAAGGCUGCCAUUUUCUACAUUGUUUUUGCACUUGGCCUCAUUGGCAACAUCACCGUCUUAUGGGUCCUCUUGAAAAUCAUGCAUGUGAAAAAUAUGACAAAUCUUUGCCUGCUGAAUCUGGCUCUGUCGGACCUACUAAUGGUCCUCUCACUGCCCUUCUGGGGUCUCUAUGUUCAGGGCCACUACAUAAAAGCCAAUGAAAUGUGUAAGGCAAUGGCGGGUACAUACCAAGUGGGAUUUUACAGCGGAAUCUUAUUUGUGACCCUGAUGAGCAUAGAUCGCUAUUUGGUCAUCGUACAUGCCGUUGCGGUGCUGGGAGCAAAGAUGUUGCGUUAUGGAAUUAUGGUGAGUUUCAUUAUAUGGAUCGUUUCGAUCUGUGCCGCCCUUCCAGAGGCCAUCUUUGCAGCAAUGGUCACAGAGGAGAACAUCACCAGCUGUCAGAGAGUUUAUCCUGAUGGGUCAGCCCAGAAGUGGAAGCUUUUUCGUAACUUUGGAGAAAAUGCAGUAGGACUGUUUAUCUCUUUACCCAUCAUAGCCUACUGCUAUAUCAGGGUCCUAAUGGUUGUGAAGAAGACAAAAAACUCAAAAAAGGAACGGGCCAUAAAGCUCAUCUUAGGCAUCGUCAUCGUGUUUGUGGUCUUCUGGGUGCCCUACAAUGUGGUGGUGUUUCUGAAAACCUUGCAGGAGUUUGGCAUUCUAACUGACUGCAAGGCUUAUCGUCAUGUCAACAUGGCCAUGGACUUGACAGAGACAAUCGCACUCACUCACUGCUGUGUAAAUCCGAUCAUUUAUGCUUUUGUUGGAGAAAAGUUUAGGAAAUGCCUGGCAAGUGUGUUUUCAAGAUAUCUUAAAUGUGUGAAGAUCUACCAAUCGACAUCUACGCAAUCCAAAGUUUCAGAGAAUGAAACUUCCAACACGGCUAUUUUUUUUACAUCUACCACCAAAAGUACACAAGUUUAGGUUGGAUACGUUUUUUUUUUUUUCUUUCUUUUUGUAAAUUUUGCGCUUAUCAUUUAAGUUCAAUCAUUGCACCAUACAUUUGUUGAUUUAAUGAUGGUAUUAUCAUAUCAAUUUUACUACCUCAAUUAGUGAAACCAAAUAUCCCCUUUAAAAAAGAAUCAUCAUGCAAGCACACAAAAUUAUACAAGGAUAUGAAAAUUCCUGCUUCAGGAUGGUGGGGCAAGAGAUGCUUUCUGUGUUUAUGAAUAAACUAGUGUUUCACAAACUGGCGUAAAAAUUAACUCAUGCAUUAAAUUUAUAAACGAUUUAAUAUUUAUAAUACGUUUGUUCCUCAACAUCUCUGAGGUCUCAUCACAUGACCUGCCAAAUUAUUAAACACUGGUUCCAUUCAAUAGUCAUUAACCACAGAAAUAGUAAAAAAAAAAAAACAUCCUUAACCACACACA